CUUCUUGUUCUUCCACUUUGCUAUUCUCAACGCCUCAUUAUAGCAAGAUCAUCUCCUCAUACAAGGGCACACGACUCAAAUAACUUGUUCCCACCGAAUGCUUUGAACGGCGGAGAUUAUAAUAACUCAAUACCCAUGGAUAUUCGGUCACUACUCCAAGCCAACUGCGACAGGCUCCUGAAUGAAUACCAAGCUAAUUUGAAUGCUACUUUGGAAUUACAAGCCAUCCUAAUCGACGACGUUUUACCAUCGGUUGCAACCGAACUUGAACUCGAUGAAGCACAACAAAAAUGGGUUAAAGAGUGGUUAGAGGAUACCCACAUGGUUUUCUACGUUAUGAGAAAACAAAGGUUCACAAGAUCGUUCGCACUCGAUGUUAUUCGGAAGAAUAUAGAAUGGCGUAUAGAGAAUUUGUGGCCUCUGGAAUCGGAUCUUUAUCCCCAGAAUGUUCACUGUCUCCCCGCUAACGUUAGAGAUCCUCUUGGUCGCCCAAUCUUAAUUGUCCGAGCCACACCUUUCAAGGAGUCCUCGGAGUCGGAUCGGGAUUCAUCUUUAUUCCUCCAUGCUGUGGAACACUUGAGGCUCUGUCUCAAAGCAUUAAAUGACGCGAGUGAUGAAACUUUGAUGCCUUUUUUACAAUACGUGGUACUCCUUGAUGUCAAGGAAUUCUCAAUGCAAAAUAUGAGCGUAGAAUUCGUUAUGAGGUUCAUUAACGAGCUCACACCGAAAUUUCCCGGAAUGGUGGCAGCGGUUUUCAUUCUCAACUCGUCGUGGACUCAGGUCGGACUUUGGAGCAUAGCCAAACGCUUUCUACCGGCUAGUGCUGUGUCCAGGGUUUUCUUUCCCUCGGCUAACGAACUUGUCAGCUAUUUCACGCCGUCAUCAUUACCCAAAGACUAUGGUGGGGAUUUGGCGCCUCUCAAAUUCCUGAAUAAUUAUCUACACCCCAGAAAGGUGAAAACAGUCUGCAACAACGGUAAUUGCGAGGAGCCGUCUAGUGUCGUUCCCCGAACUUCCCCAGCUAGUCUCUCUCCUAUGUCUAGCAGUAAUCCGUACUUUGGUUAUCCUCUUUCCAUCUCGGACAGCGGCUCUUCCUCACUGCGCCACGGACGUAAACGUAAACGGGACCUCGCACGCACUCUACUGACUCUUUUGUGGCAUCGCUGGCGAGGAGUCGUCUCACCCUGCCUAUGGACGAUGGCAAUUGCUUUGGCUAUACGGUUAUUAUGGGUUCGACGCUCACUGCACUCAUCGUCGGAAGGUGUACGUCUACUCAAGGCAUGGUGGUCCUCAGUUUCCCUGCUAUAG